UGGAAUACGCCACCCCCCCCCUCGGCCUUGAUACCAAGGAGGUGCCUUUCCUUGCUCCUGACUCCCCUCUCCCCCGGGACCUCCGGUGGUGCACACACAGGGAGGCGCUGCCGUCGUGCACAGACUGGCAGACGGGGGCUGCGACUGACAAGCCGCCUACCGUCCAGUGCGACUCCAACAGUUUCCUCAGAGCUGUCUUCAGAAACUUCGCUCCCCGCAGCCCCGGCCCGGCCCGGCCUGGGCCACGCCCGCGCGCCCCCCCCGAGGCCCAGGAGUCGCGGUGCCGAGCCUGCAGGCUCCCCACAGCACGCCGGCAUGGAGGUGGGAAUGCGAGUGGUGCGAGGCGUGGACUGGAAGUGGGGCAACCAGGACGACAGUGAGGGCCACGUGGGCACGGUGGUGGAGGUGGGCCGGCAGGGCAGCACCACCACGCCCGAUAAGACCGUGGUUGUGCAGUGGGACAGCGGCACGCGCACCAACUACCGUACCGGCUACCAGGGAGCCUACGACCUACUGCUCUACGACAACGCCCAGAUCGGGGUGCGCCACUCCAACAUCAUCUGCGACAGCUGCAAGAAGCACGGCAUCAUGGGCAUGCGCUGGAAGUGCAAGGUGUGCUUCGACUACGACCUGUGCACGCAGUGCUACAUGAACAACAAGCACGACCUGAGCCACGCCUUCGAGCGCUACGAGACUGCGCACUCCCAACCUGUGAGCCUACCACCCCGACAGAACCUCUCCAGAAUCAUCCUGAAGGGAAUAUUCCAGGGAGUGAAGGUGGUGCGAGGACCGGACUGGGACUGGGGCAACCAAGAUGGAGGGGAGGGCAAGCUCGGCAAGGUAAUCGACAUCCGCGGCUGGGACACAGAGUCCGGCCGGAGUGUGGCUAGCGUCACUUGGUCCAACGGCACCACCAACGUCUACAGGAUGGGCCACAAGGGGAAAGUGGACCUCAAGUACGUGUCGGACAUAGCAGGCGGUUAUUACUACAGAGAUCAUCUCCCAAAGCUGGGGGAGCACGCAGAGCUGCAGAGGCAGGACAGUGCAGAUGGACAUACAUUCCAGCAGGGAGACAAAGUCAAGUGUCUUCUGGAGGUGGACAUCCUCAGGCAGAUGCAGGAGGGGCAUGGAGGCUGGAACCCCAAGAUGGCCGAGUAUAUCUGCAGAAUAGGGACGGUGCACAGGAUCACAGACCGAGGGGACGUCAGAGUGCAGUACAGCAAUAAUAUCCGCUGGACUUUCCACCCAGGAGCCUUAACCAAGGUAAACACGUUUGGGAUCGGCGACCUGGUGCGAGUCCUGGACGACAUCGACACGGUGAAGCGACUCCAGUCAGGCCACGGCGAGUGGACAGACAGCAUGGCGCCUUUUCCAGUAGGUGUUGCCAGACCUUUGACAGCUGCUGUGUUUCCCUGUGCGCUGCAGGUGGACAUUAAGAACCAGGGUAAGACGGCGCUGCAGGUGGCUGCGCACCAAGGCCACAUGGAGGUGGUGAAGGUCCUGCUCCAGGCCACCAGCAACAUCGAGGUGAAGGACGAGGAUGGCGACACCGCACUGCACUACACAGCCUUCGGGAACCAGGCGGAGAUUGCGAGGCUGCUGCUUAGCAAGGGAGCUAAGGUGAAUCUCCUGAACAACUCUAUGUGCACCGCCCUGCACAUUGCCGUCAACAAGGGCUUCACCGACGUGGUGCGGGUGCUCCUGGAGCAUGCAGCCGACGUCAACCUGCAGGACUCCUACGGAGACACGCCACUGCAUGACGCCAUCGCCAAGGACUUCCGGAACAUCAUUGAAAUCCUCACUGUCGUGCCCAACAUCGACUUCACCCAGCAAAACAACCGAGGCUUCAACCUGCUGCACCAUGCUUCACUGAAGGGCAACAAGCUAGCGACGGAGAUGAUUUUGGCUCGUGCACGCCAGCUAGUGGACGUGAAAAAGGAUGACGGCUUCUCCGCUCUUCACCUUGCUGCACUCAACAACCACAAGGAGGUGGCUGAGAUCCUUAUCAAGGAGGGACGCUGUGACGUCAACAUCCGCAACAACCGCAACCAGACGCCGCUGCAGUUGGCGGUCACACAGGGCCAUGGCGACGUGGUGCAGCUGCUGGUAGCCGAGGGCGCCGACGUCAACGUGGAGGACGAGGACGGCGACACGGCGAUGCAUGUGGCGCUGAGCCGGCAGCAGCUGGCCGCGGCCGCUGCCUCCACUGAGGGCGAGGGUUCCUCGCUCUAUUCCCGGCUUAACACCUCAGGAUUGCUGGGCAACAUGGAGCUCAACGUGGGCGUGGCCAUCGCGUGCUUCCUGGCACAAGAGGGGGCAGACGUCAACUACGCCAAUCACAAGGGCAAGAGCCCGUUGGACCUGGUGACAGACGGCGCCGUGUUGCAGCUCAUCAAGAACUUUUCUGAGAAGCACAGGCUAGCGCAGCUGCAGUCGGUAUCGAGCGGCACGGGCAGUGGCAGCAGCAGCCUGCGGCGAGUGCACACCACGCCCAACACCAUGACCAACCUGGCCAUGCCCAACGCACCAGGCCCCACCGAGUGCCUCAUCUGCUCCGAGCUGGCACUGCUGGUGCUCUUCUGUCCCUGCCAGCACAGCGUGGCCUGUGAAGAGUGCGCCCAUCGCAUGAAGAAGUGCAUCAAAUGCCAGGUGACCAUCACCAAGAAGAUCCGGCAAGACCAGACAGAGGUGGAGUGCAGCCCCAGUGCAGAGACUUCAGAGCAGCACCAGCUCCUGGAGCAGCUGCAGUCACGCUACCGGCAGAUGGAGGAGCGCAUCACCUGCCCCAUCUGCAUCGACAACCACAUCAAGCUGGUGUUCCAGUGCGGCCACGCCUCCUGCAUCGACUGCAGCGCCGCCCUCAAGACGUGCCCCAUCUGCCGGCAGGCCAUCCGCGAGCGCAUCCAGCUUUUUGUGUGAUGUGGCCGCGCCGUCGGCCGUCAAAGGUGGCCACCCGCGAGCACCCCCAUCCCGCUCACGCCGCUCUGCUGCGGGGUUAGAACGCUGAGCACCCAUGUCUGGAGUGUGCCCCCACCCCUCCACUGGCAUCCUGAAGGAACCAAGGCAGGGCCGUCCCACUUUGGACCCGAGCCUGCCCCCACAUUCCUGCAGCCAACAGGUCACCCAGGGGGAGCCGCCAAGGUGUGUGUCAGCAGGCUUCAGGGCCACUCGUCUGUUACGCCGUUUCUCCAGCGAGGACGUCCUCGCCGGAAGGAGACCCCAUCAAUCUCAUCCAUCAUCUUGUUUACAGAGGCUCUGACAAGUGAUAAUGACCCCCCAACCUCUGCUAUUUGUCUGAUUUUACUCAUUGCCCUCGUCUUAGUCAUGGUCAUUUCUGUAAUUGUAUAUAUAUAUAGAAACAUGCGCACAUAUAUACAGAUGUGUGUGCAUAUUGUAAGUACAGAGCUUGUAUUAUUUGUGGUGAAAGAUACCAGUUACCUGUUUAUUUAUGUCCCAAAGGGUUUCCUAUUUAUGUGAAUCGUGUUCUUCUCCUAUUCACUCUGUGGAAACACCCUGAGCCUGUUCACCCUGCCAUAUGCUGCUGUAGUCAGGGUUCUGAAUCACUAAUCUGUCUAAUCACACCUGGCAUCUUGGACAGCGUACAAAUCCAAGCUAAAAGAACCCCCCCUCAAUUUGUUUCAUGCUCACAUUUGAAAAUGUUUUAUUUGGUAGUGAAGGCCUCUGACGUGAGAAUGGCCCUCGCAGACCAUGUGCACAGGUUCCCCGCAGUCCUGUGAUUCCAUCCUGUUGUGUGGGAGGAUUAUCAUCUUGACAGUAGUAUCUGGAAAGGCCUUGGCUUCAUAACUGUGGCCACACAUGGCAGCACGUGCCGUUUCACCCCUGACUGUCUUCACCUGGACUUCACCGCCACCGCACACAUAUCAGGCUGAUCCACGUGACGGUGUGACAGCGGUGUCGCCUCCGUUCAGCCAGAUCCCAGGAGUCCGGACCUCCACGCUUCAGCUGCCGCUGUUACGUUGGUAGUCGAGAUCCUCGGCGUGCAUCGCGACAAAUUAGCAUGCCCUGUAGCCGCCGUGAGCUAAGGGGAGCCCUAAACCCCUUACCUGCAGUUGCGUUUUGCACAGCUGGAAAGUUGUUUUCUUUUUCUAAAACGUAAAAUAUAACGCACCAAAGCUGAAAAAUGCAGUCAGAUGUAUGCAAAGGCUUCUUUCUGUCACAGUGUAAAGCCAAAGGUGUGUCCAUUUGACAGCCUUUGAAUGAAAUUUCAUUUUCUUUAUUUUAUUUUUAUUGUAAACCUUAUGCAUAAGGACUUAAAAGGGCAAAAUAUUUGUUUUGUGUGUGUCUGUCCUGGACAGUUUCUUUUCACAGAGGAAGAGGAAGAAGGUCCUCCCCACACGGAUAAUAUUAUCAUUCAACCACAAGAAUUCCCUUUACACAGGCACAUUUUCUUUCAGAAGGGCUUCUGUAGAUAUAUACAUCCUUUUUCCCCCUCAUGCUCAAUUUUGUAUGUUGUAGGGGCUUCACAGAACUGUCGCCUCAGGCUUGCUUAUUGGGGGUUCAGGACGGUUAUAUGUAAAGUGCUUUGGGACAAUGACUUGUUAAAAGCGCUAUAUAAAAAAAAUGGAACAAACGUCAGUGUCUGACACCGUAAGCCGUUUUAUGGGCCUUUCGUUGGAGGUUAGUAAGGACAAGCGGUAAAUGCAGUUUACCUUGACACAGUACUGCACCGGUGCCAAAUCCAACUAGUAGUGGGGAUGCCAGGGAUGUGCAAAGUGUGCUGAGGCCAUGUGCAGGACGCUUUCUUUACCGUGCUUAUUUACCCCAAGUAAAUACACCUCCAUCAGGAACCUAGCAGAUAUGAAGACAUUACUUUUAAUUUUGUGUUAAUAACAGAAAAAUUGGAUGUGCAAAUAAAUGAAUGCAGAAUGUAUUGAAAAGGUGGAUGGAAUGUACAUUAAAGGGGGAAAUCCUUUGUACCUCACAGACUGGCUAAUAGUAAUUGUUUCGGUGGCGUGGCCCAGCCAACAAGUUGGCAUCAGGCAUAAUACUGGGGAAAUACCUGAAUCCCAUAGUGUGUCCUUCCAAAGCAGCCCUCUUGUUUUCCUGAAUAAUAUGCCCUCUAUUAGUCCCCAGAAUCACUUCUUGCUUUUCUUUUUCCGUGCACCCAUUUUUAAGGUGGUGCAUCUGACUGAGAGGGGGCUGAUUUACUGUACUGGUGAAUUAGGAGUGAACUUCUGAGGUUUGCAGUAUUAUAGAACCUAAACACAGGGUCAGAAACCGUUAAUAAUUAUGACUAUCAAAACACUUUAUUUUUCAAGUAUUGUUUCUCAUCAUACUCCUUUUUGUUGGAGGCAAUUAUUUAAACUACAAACGUUAUAUAUGUUUGUACAGCAUUUUUAGUUCUGCUGUUGGCCUUACUGAUAAUUCCUUUUGUUUUAUUCUGUAAAAUACAAUUUUGCAAUAAAUAUGGAAAUGUUUUAUAAGAA